CCUUCCUCUGGCCCGUGACUAUAUAUGAAAAGAGUGCUGUAGCAUCUUGUCCUCUUCACAGCUUCCAGGCGAGUGAGUGGGAGAAUCAUCUCCCCUCGCCAACCCUCUUCUGCUCCCAAGGAACUCUUCAUCUGGGAAAAAAAACACCAAAAACCCCGUGUUUUUUUAAAAAUUGAACUACAACAGAGAAGGAAAAAGAAAGAAACAAGCGAGGAGGGGCGGGAAGGAAAACCUCUUCUAAAAAAAAGCCUUGUGCCCUCCCCCCCGGAAAAAAAAAAAGGAAAGAAGAAGGAAAAGUUUGAAGGGAGAGGGAAGCCCGUCCUGAUUCGAGUGUUUACUCUCAAUCACGCUCCGGCUUGCCAGAGACUGGAUGGUCCGGAGCCGGCAGGAGUUGGAAGGGGGCAGGAAAAGAAGGGGAGGCCGCCGCCCUAUUUAAAGCCGCAUCACUUGUGGGGCGAGGUGGGGCGGAGGGUGGGGGGGAAACAACAAGGCUUCGCCGGCUGGGAAGGAAAACGCUCGCCCGCGGGAAAGAGAAAGCAAAAGAGAGCGAGCCGCCGGGGGAGCCUCGACCUUGCCUUUUCCCGCCUGGUCCAGAACGAGCGCUGGAAAGUAGACGAGCUGCUUUCAUGGGGUCCGAAUAGAGCUCCUCUCUUCUUUUUUGGGGUUUUUUCCCCCUUUCCCACACUUUUGUGGCGCCUUUUUCUUGUCCGGGAGGAGCCCCCCCUUCCAUGUCUAGCAUCUAGACGCGAUGGCCAGUUGGAGCCCGAGCAGAGCCCUUCUCGUCCUGCUUGCUCUCUUUGGGCAUUUGGGAAGCCUACGGACGCAAGAGGAGGACGAGUUCGAGGGGGAACUGGAUGGUGAAGAAAUUGCUUGCACAUAUAAUGGACAGAUGUAUCUGAACAGGGAUAUAUGGAAGCCUACCGCGUGUCAGAUUUGCGUCUGUGACAACGGAGCCACUCUUUGCGAUGAGAUCCAGUGUCUUGAAGCGCUGGAGUGCGAAAACCCACAGGUCCCCCCUGGAGAGUGUUGCCCUGUGUGUCCGCACACAGCCCGGAAUGGUUUCGAAGGUGCUAUUGGUAGAGGUCGUAAGGGUCAAAAAGGAGAACCUGGAGUUGUACCAGUGGUUACUGGCAUAAGAGGGCGGUCUGGACCAGCUGGACCUCCAGGAUCACAAGGACCAAGAGGAUCCCGAGGACCAAAAGGAAGACCUGGCGCUCGUGGUCCUCCAGGAUUAGAUGGUGAACCUGGUAUCCCUGGGCAACCAGGUGACCCUGGCCCGCCUGGACAGCCAUCCACAGGACCAGAUGGAGUGGGCAGACCAUUUACAUCUCAGAUGGCAGGGUUGGAUGAAAAAUCUGGACUCUCUGGUCAAAUGGGGUUCAUGCCCGGUGCAGUGGGUCCUGUGGGUCCAAGAGGGCCUCCAGGUCUGACAGGACAACCCGGUGCGAGAGGCCCUUCGGGCCCUCCAGGGGAACCUGGGGAUCCAGGAGCAAUGGGACCAGCUGGUGUUCGUGGCCCAGAGGGCCCUCCAGGCAAACCUGGUGAAGAUGGUGAACCUGGCAGAUCAGGACAACCUGGAGAAGUUGGAUUCUCAGGAUCUCCAGGUGCUCGAGGUUUUCCUGGUGCGCCCGGUCUUCCAGGUCUGAAAGGCCAUAGGGGGCAUAAAGGACUUGAAGGCCCUAAAGGUGAAAUUGGAGCCCCCGGAUCUAAGGGUGAACCUGGCCCACCAGGUCAGAUGGGGUCAACUGGUCCUUUGGGUCCCCGUGGAAUGGCAGGAGAAAGAGGACGCAUAGGACCCCAGGGUGCUCCAGGUGGUCGUGGUUCUCAUGGUAUGCCAGGGAAACCAGGGCCCAUGGGCCCCCUUGGUAUACCUGGUUCAGCAGGUUUUCCAGGUGCACCUGGUAUGAAGGGUGAAGCAGGUCCAACAGGUGCACGUGGUCCAGAAGGCCCUCAGGGACAAAGAGGAGAAACAGGUCUAGCAGGUCCUCCAGGAUUGUCUGGUCUUCCUGGUGCUCUUGGUACAGAUGGUUCCACGGGUGCUAAAGGACCAACCGGAUCUGCAGGCACUUCAGGACCACAUGGCUUACCAGGGCCAGCUGGUUCCCCUGGACCACAAGGGAGCACAGGUCUUCCUGGCGUCCGAGGACAAAUGGGAGAUCCUGGUGUGCCAGGUUUCAAAGGAGAAGCAGGCCCCAAAGGCGAACCCGGUCCACAUGGCCCUCAGGGUCCAAUUGGCCCUGUUGGUGAAGAAGGGAAAAGAGGUCCUCGUGGUGACCCUGGAGCGGUUGGCCCUCCUGGACCUGUGGGAGAACGGGGACCUCCCGGCAAUCGUGGCUUUCCAGGUUCUGAUGGCUUGCCGGGACCAAAGGGAGCUCAAGGAGAACGUGGUCCUGCCGGGGCUUCAGGUCCCAAAGGGAGUCAAGGGGAUCCUGGUCGUACUGGCGAACCUGGCCUCCCAGGUGCCCGGGGCCUAACAGGGAAUCCGGGUGUUUCAGGUCCGGAGGGAAAAUCUGGUCCAUUGGGUGCUCCAGGAGAAGAUGGCCGACCAGGCCCAGCAGGCUCAAUAGGGAUUAGGGGUCAACCAGGUAGCAUGGGUCUACCUGGACCAAAAGGCAGUAGUGGAGAUCCUGGCAAACCUGGAGAAGCAGGCAAUCCUGGUGUCCCAGGGCAGAGAGGAGCUCCUGGUAAAGAUGGUGAAGUUGGCCCUGCUGGUCCCGUUGGUCCAUCUGGUCCAGCAGGAGACAGAGGAGAGCAAGGCCCCCCAGGUCCUACAGGGUUUCAGGGCUUACCUGGUACUCCAGGACCUCCAGGGGAAGGAGGGAAGCCAGGUGACCAGGGUGUUCCUGGUGAUCAUGGUGCUCCAGGUCCUCUAGGCCCAAGGGGAGAACGAGGUAAUCCAGGUGAGAGAGGAAAUCCAGGACCACAUGGUAUUCAGGGAGAAAAGGGUAUGGCUGGAGGACAAGGCCCUGAUGGUCCAAAGGGUAACCCAGGACCCUCUGGAGCUCCGGGGGAUCAAGGGCCACCUGGCCUUCAGGGGAUGCCUGGAGAGAGAGGCAUUGCCGGAACUCCGGGUCCCAAAGGGGACAGGGGAAGCAUAGGAGAAAAGGGAAGUGAAGGCACAGCUGGGAAUGAUGGAGCAAGAGGUCUCCCAGGUCCAUUAGGCCCAGUUGGCCCUGGAGGUCCUGCUGGUGAAAAGGGAGAACCUGGUCCUCGAGGUUUAGUUGGCCCUCCAGGCUCUCGUGGAACUCCUGGUACCCGUGGUGAAAAUGGCCCCACUGGUCCAGUUGGUUUUGCUGGUCCUCCGGGCCCUGAUGGACAACCGGGUGUGAAAGGUGAACCUGGAGAGCCCGGGCAAAAAGGAGAUGCUGGAUCCCCAGGACCACAAGGUUUAGCAGGUUCUCCUGGCCCGCCAGGUCCUUCUGGAGUUAAUGGACUAAAAGGUGGCCGUGGUACUAAAGGCCCUCCCGGCGCUACAGGUUUCCCUGGAUCUGCUGGAAGAGUUGGGCCCCCAGGACCUACUGGAGCUCUUGGUCCAGCUGGGCCUAUUGGUGAACCAGGCAAAGAAGGCCCUCCAGGUCUUCGUGGGGAUCCUGGUGCUCAUGGCCGAGUGGGAGAUCGAGGGCCAGCUGGGCCACCCGGCAGUGCUGGAGACAAAGGAGACCCGGGAGAAGACGGACAACAUGGUCCUGAUGGCCCUCCAGGCCCAGCCGGAACUACUGGCCAGAGAGGCAUUGUGGGUAUGCCAGGGCAACGUGGAGAGAGAGGCAUGCCAGGGCUACCUGGGCCUGCUGGUACACCAGGAAAGCAAGGUGGAACAGGGGCUCCAGGAGACAAAGGUCCUUCUGGGCCCAUCGGCCCUCCAGGUGCUUCUGGUCCAGUGGGUGAACCAGGCCCAGAGGGUCCACAUGGAAAUGAUGGUACACCAGGACGAGAUGGGGCCGUUGGUGAAAGGGGUGAUCGCGGUGAACCUGGUCCUGCUGGCCUUCCUGGUUCUCCAGGUUCUCCAGGCACUCCAGGGCCAGUUGGACCUACAGGAGAUGCAGGACAAAGAGGUGAACCCGGCUCACGGGGACCAGUGGGUCCUCCUGGUCGCGCUGGAAAACGUGGAUUGCCUGGUCCGCAAGGCCCUCGUGGUGACAAAGGUGAUAACGGAGAUCGAGGUGACAGAGGUCAGAAGGGUCACCGAGGUUUCACUGGCCUUCAAGGUCUUCCUGGACCUCCUGGUCCUAUUGGGGAACAAGGCAGCGCUGGGAUUCCAGGUCCAUUUGGCCCUAGAGGCCCUCCAGGUCCAGUUGGACCUCCUGGUAAAGAAGGAAAUUCUGGACCACUUGGACCAGUUGGACCUCCUGGUGUAAGAGGAACUUUAGGAGAAGCAGGGCCUGAGGGUCCCCCAGGUGAUCCAGGCGCCCCAGGCCCUCCCGGCCCACCAGGCCACCUGACGGCUGCCCUUGACAUUAUGGGGCACUACGAUGAUGGUCCAGUAGACGCCAUACCAGAGUUCAGUGAGGAUGAGGCAGGCCCGGAUGACAGCAAUAAAACAGAUCCGGGAGUACACGCUACGCUGAAGUCGCUGAGCAGCCAGAUUGAAACGAUGCGCAGCCCUGAUGGCUCCAAGAAGCAUCCGGCUCGUACUUGCGAUGACCUGAGACUGUGCCAGCCAUCCAAAAAGAGCGGAGAAUAUUGGAUUGAUCCUAAUCAGGGUUGCGUUGAAGACGCCAUCAAAGUAUUCUGCAAUAUGGAAACAGGGGAAACGUGUAUAUCUGCAAACCCAGCUAGUGUUCCACGUAAAACAUGGUGGACUAGCCGGUCAUCUGAUCUAAAACCCAUAUGGUAUGGACUUGACAUGAAUAGAGGUUCACAGUUUGCUUAUGGUGACAAGCAGUCUCCUAACACGGCUGUUACACAAAUGACUUUCCUGCGCUUACUGUCCAAAGAAGCUUCUCAGAAUAUUACCUACCACUGCAAGAACAGUGUAGGCUACAUGGAUGACCAAGCUAAGAAUCUGAAGAAGGCUGUCGUUUUGAAGGGAGCGAAUGACCUUGACAUUAAAGCUGAAGGAAACAACCGGUUUAGAUACACUGUACUUCAUGACAGCUGCACUAAACGGAAUGGAAACGUGGGCAGCACUAUCUUUGAAUACCGAACACAGAACGUGGCACGCUUGCCUAUUGUUGACAUUGCUCCUGUGGAUGUUGGAGGUGUAGACCAAGAGUUCGGAAUAGAGAUUGGACCGGUUUGUUUUGUGUAAAAAAACGAAUAAAACAAAAAAACAAGUGAAUAAAUAAAAAGGGGGGGAAUCUUGCCUACUCAAAAGCAUUGGGAACAACAGCAACACACGAACUCACAGUGAGUGAAAUUAAUCCUGAGACUCUUGAAGUAAUGGCUGAUAUUGGGAUCAGCAUUGUACAUAACAGUUCCUUCUAAUUCCCUGGCCUUCUUUAGGAUAUUUAUUGUACUUACUUACAAAUCUUUAGUCUAAUUGUCCCAAGUCAACAUUUUGAGGAAGUAAUAGGACUUUAAAGGACAAAUGACCACUCUUUGAUGCAAACAUAAGUAACUUUUUAAUGAUAAAUAAUGGUAACAAUUAUGCUUUUAUUGGGGGGGGAGGUUUCUACUCAGCUAAAAAGGAGUGUAAUUCAUAUGAUACAAGUAUUCUAAAGAAAUGGACAUAUUGAACUCUCUGCUGCACCAGUGGAACAUAACAGAAUAUGACAUUAGCAGUGCAAUCUGAUAUGGUUCUCCUCAGAAGUCAAGCUUCCAGGGAGUUUGGCUUAUUUCCAUGCAUGUAGGUAUUGAAUGGCAGCCAGUGCCCAAGAACUCAUUGGUUAGAGUUACUUUUUGGUUCUUACUGACACCGCGAAGUCACGGAACGGCAGUGAAGGAGGUAGCCACCUUUGGCAGAGUUCUCCCCACAGUCUUACAAGGUACAGGAGGCCUUCUCAGGGUCUAGAGAGGGGAACCUUAGGGCCUCUGGGCUCACAGGUCCACAAGUCUCCAGAACUCCCUUUUCAUUUUCCUUCUGGCAACUUCAAAUUCAUACCUCCAACCCCGUUUAUAGGAUUUAAUAUCCUUCCCUUCGAGUAUCCUUCCUUCCUCCCUGUUUUCAGCUAUACUCUCAGUUCUGAUUCCAGUUAUCUGCCACCAUCUCAUACCAUAUAAUAUUUCCUGGCCCAAGGAUUCCUGAGAGAAUUUUCCCCUAUCAAGCUGACAUUUCACUUUCUUUGGAUAACCUGAAAGUUCUCCAAUAUUCUGCUGGUGGCAGCGUCACCUAACAGAAUGGGCACGAUCAUAAUAAUGCCAAGGUAGCGCAAAAGAACACCACCCAUGUUUUCACUACUGCCACCCCCAUCAAUUCCUUCAGUGCACUGUUAUAUUAAAAUGCAGAAAUGGGGGCGUAGGCUUUGCAAGCAGAAAAUCCGUUGUUUGCUCCCAGAUUUAACAUCCACUUAAGAGUGUUUGUUUAAUACACACCAGGAAACAAGGAGGGGGCAGUUGUUUAAGGGUGCACAUACAUCUUGCCUUGAGGUUCUGGUGAUAGUAUAAGAGCCAACAUGGACUGUGUUUGUGCAGUCUAGCAUUGAAUCAAAGGAGAUAAUUCAUGGAAUAUAUUUACGCACCUCAUCACAGUGCAGAAGUUUGAAAUACAGUAUACAAUGUUCCCCUGAUUUCUCAAUGUAAUUUAAAAUUUUAGGAUUCCCCCUUGCUGUUUCUAUGUAGUUCUUAGUUCAGCAUGUAAUCUCCAUGAUUAUUAAUGUCAAGCAUCUAAAAAUGUGUUGCUUUUUUAAAAAUAAGUCUAAAAAAAUCAAUGCCAAUCUGAUUUUGAUUGGGGAGGCAUCUGGCUGGCCAUUUAAUGAGUAACUUUUAAUGAGCCAUUUUCUCUUGGAAGCCAUGGAAUAUAGUUAUGAUUUUGUAGGCCUGUGGACAAGGUCAAAAGUCCUAAAUGAAUUCUGGGAACAUCUAGAUUCCCCUAACACCUCAACUGCAUUUUCCACUUACAUGUCUUGUCAUGUAUUUCCAUUUAUUAAUCCGAAAGCAGUGAUUACUUAGAAAGAUCAGAGACUUCCUGUUGCUGAGGUAAACCUUUGUGCAACAACCGGUCAUGCUUCACCAGAAAUUGUGACUUCAUCUGCCUGGAUUUUAUCAGGGCAAACAAAUGGUCCACCAUUUCUUAGCAUGAGCUACCUCAUCUCUAGAAACUGGGAUGCAUUUUAAUAAUCUAGUGUUUGUUCUAGAUACAAUAAGGUGCUAUGCUUCUGUUUCACUUUCCAAGAAUGGAGAUAGGCAGGGCAAUGUCAUAUUAAAAUAAUAAUGUUUGUUUUUGUUUGUUUUGCUUGUUUGUUUGAGAAGGGAAUGGUGCUAAAACAGUUUCUGUACAAUCCUAAGAAAAUGAAAGGCCAUUGCCAUCAAUGUUUUUGAUAGAAUUUAGAUAUUAGAUUUCGGGUGUCUGGGGAAAAUGUCUAACAAGACAUUUCCCCCUUUAUGGUUAUACCAUAUACCGAAUGCUGUGUACAUCAGCAUGUCCUUUUAUCCCUCCCAUAGAGCAUGUGGUACAAGCCUACUUCUGUGGUCUGUUACUUUGUUGAAGAAUUAUGCUCUCCCUUUUCUUGUUUAUUUCUUUUUUAAAAAAUUAAACCCAUAAAAAAAAGAGAGAAAAGCCAUAAGCAUAGCUUUAUUCAUGUAUCUUUGCAAAGCAUUUAAUUAAAUACACAUUUCUUGCUAA